UCGAGGGGCGUGGUCUCUGCCCGGACUGCACUCAAAUAGUGAAGGGCCGGAGCGACCAGGGAGAAGGAAGCCAGGCCGGACCCAGGACCCCAACCAACCCAACGGCUGCCAUGAGGCUCCUGAGCGUGGCUUUUUGGCUGGUCCUGGCCCUGCGUACUGUUCUCGGUGCAGUGGGGGUGCGGUGGUGCACCACCUCAGACCCGGAGCAGCAGAAAUGCGAGGACAUGAGCAAGGCCUUCCAGGGAGCCGGCAUCCAGCCCUCUCUCCUCUGUGUCCAGGGCACCUCAGCUGACCACUGCGUCCAGCUCAUCAAGGACCAAGAAGCUGAUGCCAUCACCCUGGAUGGAGGGGCCAUUUAUGAGGCAGGGAAGGAGCAUGGCUUGAAGCCAGUGGUGGGUGAACUAUAUGACCAAGACACUGGGACCUCCUAUUAUGCCGUGGCCGUGGUCAGAAGGAAUUCCAACGUGACCAUCGACACCCUGAAGGGUGUCAGGUCCUGCCACACGGGCAUCAACCGCACUGCGGGCUGGAACGUGCCUGUCGGCUACCUGGUGGAGAGCGGCCACCUCUCGGUGAUGGGCUGCGAUGUGCUCAAAGCCGUCGGCGAUUAUUUUGGAGGCAGCUGCGUCCCUGGAACAGGAGAGACCAACUACUCCCAGUCGCUCUGUCGCCUCUGCCGUGGUGACUCAUCUGGGCACAACGUGUGCGACAAGAGCCCCCUGGAGAAAUACUAUGACUACAGCGGAGCCUUCCGGUGCCUGGCGGAAGGAGCAGGUGACGUGGCCUUUGUGAAACACAGCACAGUUCUGGAGAACACGGACGGGAAAACCCUGCCCUCCUGGGGCAAGGAGCUGAUGUCUCAGGACUUCCAGCUACUGUGCAGAGAUGGCAGCCGGGCUGAGGUCACCGAGUGGAGACGGUGCCACCUGGCCCAGGUGCCUGCUCAUGCCGUGAUGGUCAGGGAUGACAUGGAUGGGGGCCUCGUAUUCCGGCUGCUCAAUGAAGGCCAGCUUCUCUUCAACCACGAGGACAGCAGCUUCCAGAUGUUCAGCUCCCAGGCCUACGGCCAGAAGAACUUGCUGUUCAAAGACUCCACCUUGGAGCUCGUGCCCAUCGCCACGCAGAACUACGAGGCCUGGCUGGGCCGGGAAUACCUGCGUGCCAUGAAGGGUCUGCUGUGUGACCCCAACCGGCUGCCCCACUACCUGCGCUGGUGCGUGCUGUCGACACCCGAGAUCCAGAAGUGUGGAGACAUGGCCGUGGCCUUCAGCCGGCAGAGACUCAAGCCGGAGAUCCAGUGUGUGUCGGCCGAGUCCCCUGAGCAAUGCAUGGAGCUAAUCCAGGCUGGGCACAUCGACGCUGUGACCCUGAGAGGCGAGGACGUUUACACGGCAGGGAAGGUGUACGGCCUGGUCCCGGCGGCUGGGGAGCUGUAUGCCGAGGACGACAGGAGCAACUCCUACUUUGUGGUGGCUGUGGUGAGGCGGGACAGCUCUCGCUCCUUCACCUGGGACGAGCUUCGAGGCAAGCGUUCCUGCCACCCAGGCCUGGGCAGCCCCGCGGGCUGGGAGGUGCCCAUAGGCUCCCUCAUCCAGCGAGGCUUCAUCCGGCCCAAGGACUGUGACGUCCUCACAGCGGUGAGCCAGUUCUUCAAUGCCAGCUGUGUGCCUGUGAACAACCCUCAGAACUACCCUCCCUCUCUGUGCGCCCUCUGCGUGGGAGACGAGAAGGGCCACAACAAGUGUGUGGGCAGCAGCCAGGAGAGGUACUACGGCUACAGUGGAGCCUUCAGGUGCCUCGUGGAGAAUGCGGGGGAUGUUGCCUUCGUCAAGCACACCACUGUCUUUGAGAACACAAAUGGCCACAAUCCUGAGCCCUGGGCUGCUCACCUCCAGUUGCAAGACUAUGAAUUGCUGUGCCCCAACGGGGCCAGGGCUGAAAUAGGCCAGUUCCAAGCCUGCAGCCUGGCACAGAUGCCAUCCCACGCUGUCAUGGUUCACCCAGAUACCAACAUCUUCACAGUCUACGGACUUCUGGACAAGGCCCAGGACCUGUUUGGAGAUGACCACAACAAGAAUGGGUUCCAAAUGUUUGACUCCUCCAAAUACCACAGCCAAGAUCUGAUUUUCAAAGAUGCUACUGUUCAAGCAGUACCUGUUAGGGAGAAAACCACAUACCUGGACUGGCUAGGCCCUGACUACGUGACGGCUCUGGAGGGAAUGCUGUCUCAGCAGUGUUCAGGAGCAGUGGCCGCGGUGCACCGGGUCCCCCUGCUGGUCCUCCUCCUGCUGGCCCUGGCUGCAGGCCUCCUCCCGCGUGUUCACUGAACGUGGCUGCCCAGGAGGCGCCCCGAGCAGCGAGAGCUACCGAGUCCGACCCGAGAAACCUAGAAAUCGGCUAACCCUGCCGGGGAGCACGGGACGCCAGUGGCAAGGUGAGAGAACUCACACACGCGGCCCUCGGAUAUGUGAUUCUAACCCAAGGAGAACUUUCUGGAAUCAGGAUGAUAACGUUAAGGCUAAGUCUUCCCAACCGGCCGGCGGAGCCCUCAGUACCUGAGGCGACUGGCGAGCAGCCCAGUCACGCCUCCCACGCUACCGGAGCCUGCAGGGAACCUGCACCUCCCACCUGGAACCUCCUGGGCCGGUUGGGGAAGGGAAGGAAAAAAAAAAAAAAAAGCCGGUUGCCAUGGCAACCGUGGAGGUCCUUCCCCCCCCCACCAGCCUCCGCGCCUAGGGAGAUGCCGAGGCCAGAGCCCACCGCCAACCCAUAGGACCUCAGUGUCACACUCCCACCCCGCAGCCCCACUCCUCGGCUCUGAGGACACUUGUCCACCAAGGCUCAGGCCCACGCCCUCUGAGGAGCAGGGUUGCCGAGGCUGCUCAGCCUUUGUCCUUGUUGUCUGUGACAUCAAGCAGCCCAACCCCUCUGGACAGCAGAUUCUGCCAGAAGGCAGAUUCUAUCCUGCUGAACAGCUCCUUUUGCAGGACUUGCCCAACCCUGCUGCCUAGAAUCCCCUGUCCUGUCCUCUUGGCCUAGGUCCCAACAUCAUUUUCCUCCCUGCCUCCCUGUGCCCCUUCCCCCCUAUACCCUACACACACACACACACACACACACACACCCCUUGUCUGUGUGUGAGCCAAGUCCACUCCUUAUCUAAAGAAGCAUGAGCUGGGCCUGAGGACAUGCCACGAGCCAGCGGAUUGGGAACGAGCCCUGUCUUCUUCCCCUACCCCUGCACCUGUGGCAUAUUGUGGAAGGGCGCCUGCGUCCUGCACGCAUGUGAGAGUUGACAGAGCACCUGGGGAAGAGUCUGCACUCCAUCUUGCCGUGUACUCUCCAGAGCCAGAAAAAAAGUUUUCCCAAACUACCAGCUUUCACUCCGAACUUUGUUCCUUUAAAAAUAAUCAAUUAAAAAAGAAAGGGAAGAAACAGGAGCAAGUACCCCUUGUCAGCACACUGGAAGCAGCGUGGGCCCGGAGCUAUUUGUGUCUUGGUCUGUGUGGGGGCCCUCAGGAUGCUGCUGACAGACCAGGUUCCCGGUGACUCUCCCCCACCCGUGGGCGACAGGACAGAUCUGUACAUCUCUCAGCAGUAGGGAAGGCCCUGGCAGCCUCCCAGGCGGAGCCACACAAUCAUGACGAAUCUCUGUCGGUCACCAUGCCUCUUUGGAGACCAAGCCCCUCAAGCUCCCUGGGGCAGAGCCGUCCGCCCAUUCCUCUGCGACCGGGGCACUGAUAUUUUUCUUAAAGAAGACUUUUCCGGUGAGAAGUGUACUAUUCUCUGUGGGCGGUCAUGCUGCCCUGAGUGUGAUGUCUUAGGCCGUGUGCCUUUCAGGUGUGACUUUCCAAGAGUGUUGUGUGAAUGACGUCUGAUUGCCAGGGGCCACUGCUGUGUCAGUGCUAAAGAAAGACAUUGGUUUCUUUUUAAAUAAAGCCGAACACCCCUGCGGGUGCAGAGGCGUGGAUUGUGUUGGGGACUGUCUGCCACUGACUCGACUCGUUUUCUUCGUUGCUCAGAAACCUACCUGCUUCAGGCCACUGCCCUGCCUCACCCAAGAUGGCAAAUUUCAUUUCGAGCCCCGUUGGCUGAGACCGCUCUGCGCUCCAGCCCUCUCACCCUCCGUUUGCUUCCCCAUCUGGACCGGUUCUCCGGCCCCCGCCAUGCCUCAGCUAUCCCCAGCCCUGGCUCAUGGCAGCUGCCACCACCCCCUCAGCCUCUUGGGUGUCCGCUUCUCUGGGGACUGGAUGCAGAGGAGGAUGAGAAUAUACCGGCUGCCCCUGCCCUGGGUCCCCAGAAUAAGCUGCCCACACCUUUUCUCUUGCUGUUAACUCAUUGGGGCGGGGAGAGGCCCACCGUCCUUGAAGAGGGCCGGAAGUGCCCAUUGUUCUGACUGAACAGAUCGGCCUUCCAGCUUCUUUCUCUCUCACUGCUAUGGCCCUUUACUGAAUUCCCCUCAGCAAGAGGCUGAGGCAGAGGUAAUACUGCCAGACUCUGUCUCAAAACAACCAAGGCCAGGAAAAGUCAGUCUUCACAGAGUUGAUGGCAGCCUGAACUGCAGGACAGAGGAACAGAGUCUCCCUCAUUUCUUCUUUCCCAGCAGCCUUUGGGGUAGCUGCUCCAAGCACAGCAGGUGUUUUCCAUCUAGGAGCCCUUGCACAUCAGGGGCUCUUACACUCUGGAGCCUGUCAGUAGCAUAACCUGGAGGCCUUGUCAGAAACAAGCCACUGCACCCUGUCUGUGUCCCACAGAUCUGAGAAUCUGUAUUUGAGAAGUUGUGUUUCUGGCAAAUCCCCAGCUGAUACUGACACUGUAGAGCAAUCUUCCUGACUCUGAAGAACAUGGCUAGAGGCAACAUGAGUUUACAUUCAUCAUCGAGGCCAUUUAGCUGGUAACUGUCCCAGCAAGGUCCAGGGCUUCGGUCGGGAAGUGGGGGGAGGCGUCAAAGGCCCUCCUGUAGGAAGCUGAGUCCUACCUGAGAAAGACCUGUGGCUUCUGCAAUGUCCACGUAGGGGGAGGAGAUGUGCUGGAAGAUGCCAUCCCAUAGCUGUGGACUCCAACAGGCUAGCUGCAAGAAAGGAACAGCAUAGAGCCACCCCUCUCCAGCCAGCCACCGUCUCCUCCCUCCAGCCCACACAGUUCUGAGCAGAGCCUAUAGGAAGAAGAGAAGCCAAAGGUCAGAGCACCCCUCCUUCUCCUUAGCUUCCAAAGUCCCCAGAAACCUACAGCUCAAACCUGAUAUUCCCUGCUGUGCCCACCAUUGAGACAUGGGGUCAAAGAGGAGAAAAAGGCCAGUGGCUUGCUGAGCAGAGUGUUCUUAGCCAAGACUCCAAUCCAAGCAACCUCAUCUGCCAACUUCCCUGACCACCUGAUUCCUUCUCUCAUCUUCCUUCUAGCAGAUGCUGAUUAUGUCCAGGGUGGCCAUAUACCCAGCUAAAAUAUCCACUUGGUCAGGCCUGCUGACACAAGCCUGUAAAGCCCAUUUACUCACAAGGGUGGUGUGGGAAGCUUGAAAGUUCAAGGCCUGCCUUUGUUGUAGAUUAGGUUCAAGGCCAGUCUGUACAAUUUAACAAGACCCUGGUUUAAAAUGUAAAAGGAAAAAGAGCUAAAGAGUGUGUGUAACUUUUGGAUAGAACCCUCACUUAGAUGCACAAGGCCCUGAGUUCAUUCCCUGAUCUAGAAACAGAAUUCAGUUAGGAAUGGUCAGGGCUGAGGAUAGAGCUCAGUUGUAGGGCACUUGUCUAGCAUACAUGAGGCCCUAAGUCAGUAUUUCUCCACCUGUGGAUCUCAGACCCUUAGACAAACCUCUGUCUCCAAAAAUAUUGACAUUAUGAUUCACGACAGUAACAAAAUUACAGUUAUAAGUAGCAACAAAAAUAAUUUUAUGGUUAGGGGGGUCACCACAACAUAAGGAACUGUAUUAAAGGGUCACGGCACUAGGAAGGUUGAGAAUGUCUGCUCUAGGUUCUGUUCUCAGUACUCAGUCUUAGCCAAACACACCCUAGGGCUGACCGGACAACUGAGUUCAAGCCAAUGAAAACUGAGUGGAGGUCACAGGAUGUGAGCUUAAGGAAAGUUUUAGUUGUCGUUCAAUAAUUUUAUUUCCUGAGACUAUCAUACAUGAGCACCGCAUCUAAACCAUCCCUGCUCCCACCUCCCACAAGCCCUCUGCCUCCCAAAUUCCUCAUCUGUGCUUUGAUGAUCAUUGUUACGCAUAUGCUUAUAUAUGCACACAUGUGCAUGUAAUCUGUGGAGUCCAUUCAUUGUCAUCCCUAUGGACAUGUAUCCUGGGCUGACCACUUGAGGCUGGACAGCUUCUGAGAGCUCUUUCUUGGAGGAGACUGAUUCUCUCUCCUGGGCCGCCUGUAGCCCUUCCGCUAAGGGACAGAAUGUCCCCUUCCAUGCUGGCAUGUCAGCUGGUGUUAGUAUGCUAGCCUUGUUCUGCAACCAUAUUGUUGAGGGUCCAUGGGUACCACUUCCCUGUCAUAUAUAGAAGACUUUAUCUCACUGAAGAUAGCCUGGGUCAAAACUCUGUUUCCCUCUCUGCACCCCUUUAGCUAGCUAUUAGGAUUUUAGGGUGCUUUACUGCCCCAAGCAGGGUGGGGCCUGUGACUAUGCUGGAGAAAAGCCUUUGCAUUGGUGACCCCAGGCCACCCAAGACAGCCAAGGCCAGUGAUAUGUACCCUAACUUAUGUCCAGGUUCUGUGGGGGCAGAGUCCUCCUCCCUAGAAAUAAAAAGCUUGAGGGAAGAAAGAAAAUGGGGAGAUUGUGAGCAGACGUCUAGGGUGGGAAAGGGAGGCAGACAGCCCCAAACUCCUUCAUGCUCCAGCCUUACCUGGGUGAGUCCUGAAGGUACCUGCAGUUCUAUAGUGGGGAGGAGGCUCCCUGGCCCCAAGAAGAAGAAACAGAAAGGGCUUGUCAAAUGCCUUCUAUGGGACUGUCACCUGCUGACUGGUGGCUCAGAAAAACGUUUCUGUGACCAGCCUGGUUUCCGUCAGCCCGGGACUCUACCCUCUGUGGUGGUCUGAAUAGGCAUGGCCCCCAUAGACUCACAGGUUUGAAUGCUUGGCCACAGGGCGUGGCCUUGUGGAGUGGGUGUGGCCUUGGUGGAGGAAGUGUGUCACUGUGGGGGCGGCCUUUGAGGCCUCCUCUGCUCAAGCUAUGCCCAGUGUGGCACACCGUCUCCUUCUGCUGCCUACAGAUUAAGAUGUAGAACUCUCAGUUCUUCUCCACACCAAAUGCGCAGGCAUGCUUCAGUGCUUCCCACCAUGACGAUAACAGACUAAACCUCUGAACUAUAAGCCAGCCCCAAUUAAAUAUUUGUAUAAGUGCUACCAUGGUCAUGGUGUCUCUUCAUAGCAAUAGAACCCUAGUUAAGAUAGCAUCCUCAGGGGUGCCCUAGGAAACUUAUACAAUACAAUCAUUGUAAGAUUUUUCCCAUCAGGGCCCUGGAACUAUGGGCUGGAUCGAUGGCUCAGUAUCUCAGCAGUUAAGAGCUCUUGCUGCAAAGGACCAGAGUUCAGUUCCCAGCACCCAUGUCAGGUGGCUCACGACUGCCUGUAACUCCAGAUCCAGAGGAAUCCAGUGCCCAGAUCUGGCCUCUGUGGACACCUGCACUCAUGUACUCAUGUAC